AUGAGAGCGGGGCGCAAUCAGCAGAACAUCGCCUUUAGAGACGGACAGUUCUCGCUUUACCAGGAUCUCUCCGCGCUCACGCUAGAGGCCAGGAGGGCGCUGCGUCCAGUAACCGCCAUUCUCCGGGAGCGGAGGAUCCCAUACAAAUGGGGCUUCCCCUUCAGCCUGCAGGUGAAGGUGGGCCAAUCCUGGCAUAUCAUCCGCUGGCCAGCUGAUGUCCCACGCUUCAUACGAGCCAUGAGCCUACCCACGGUGACGGUAUCCAACUGGGUCCUGGAGCGACAACCACAGCAUCCACGGGCAGUCAGCGACAGGCCGGGCACGGGCCUUACAGGCAGCGGGUUCCGGCGGGGUGGCCCGGACAGCCAUGAAGAAUAA